AUGUCUGGCCUAUCAGACCAGUCCCAGCUCGGGGCCACGGGCUUCGUGAUAUUCGCAGCCCUCUCGAUCGUCACGCUCAAAGAGCUCAACACCGUCGUAACAGAACCCUACAUGGACGAGCCGUUCCAUGUCCCGCAAGUCCAGGCUUACUGCGACGGGCACUGGGACCACUGGGACCCUAAGAUUACUACUCCUCCUGGUCUCUACAUCAUUUCUCUGCUAGUCAAGUCUGUGUUUAUGGUCAAAUGCCGCUUGCCGACUCUACGCAUGACGCCGCUGCUUGCGUUGCUACUUCUACCAUUCGCCUUGACGCGCUUGACAUGCUUUCAUCGACGAGUUCGGCUACCAUCAAGCCCAUUUGCACCGGCGCUUGAUGGCGUCGUCCUGGCCGCGUUCCCGAUCGCGUGGUUCUUCGGCAUGUUGUACUACACGGACGUACCAGGUUUACUCGUGGUGGCGGGUACGAUCGCAGCAGCAGUGCAGGAUAGGCAUUGGUUAGCGGGCGCGCUCGGCGCUAUCGCAUGCACAUUCCGUCAAACGAACAUCAUCUGGGUGAUCUAUGCCUACGCGCUCAGCACUUUAAUGAGCAUUCGUUUCCGACGCGCGCUUCCCAACCAACCGGCUUCCCCGAAGCUGCACGACCCGCCCGCCCUGACGGCAGAACCACAUGACUGGUUGAAGCUCAUCAAGAGCGUUCCGGCGGUCUUGCCAGGGAUCCUCCCCGCGUUUGUGCCCUACGUGUUUGUCUUGAUCGGUUUCGGCGCGUUUGUAGUGUGGAACGGUGGCAUUGUACUCGGUGACAAGAGCAAUCACGUCCCGGCAACACAUGUCCCGCAGCUGUUCUACUUCAUUGCGUUCGCCACGAUGGCCGGGUGGCCAGCACUGAUCAGCGGACCAGGCGGGCUGCCGCGCCUCGUGAAGGAGGUGCGCUGGCGCAUGUUCGGCACAAGCAGGAGGACACUAGCAACGGCGUUGCUUGCCAGUGCUAUGAGUGUGGGCGUGCACUUCUUCACGAUCCACCAUCCCUUUCUUCUGGCUGAUAACCGCCACUACACGUUCUACGUCUGGAGGCGUGUGUUCAUGCUGCACCCGAUCGUACUGCACCUACUGGUGCCGGGAUACAUCGCAUGCGGAUGGGCAUGGUUCUUGAGAGCCGGUCAGGACCAGACUCUGCUGCAAACGCUGCUCCUGCCACUGGCGGCCGUACCCGUGCUGCUACCCACACCACUGCUCGAGCCGCGCUACUUCCUGGUGCCCUACAUCCUCCUGCGCGCUCAGGUGAGCGAUGUCCCAGAGUGGGCGCUCGUACUGGAGGGCGCAUGGUAUGCAGCUGUAAACGGUGCGACGAUGUAUGUAUUCUUGUACUGCGCGAGAGACGGAGGAGCGUUGCGGUUUAUGUGGUAG